AUGGCCGUUUACGCCCGUCGGACCCCGGUGAUAACAGUCAGACAUCAACGCAUUUUCGGGUUUCGAUCCAUUUCUGUUCAGCUAACGGCUUUGGCAGUUGCCUUCCGCUCGCAGGCCCACCAGAAAGUGGACAGCAACACAGUUAUAUACCAGGCUUAUCGAGUUCCUCCUUUACCUAGUCAAGAUGAACGUAAUGCAUUUCCGGAAAAAACUGCUAAUCCACUUUCCAGGGUGUUUUUUUGGUGGUUAAAUCCGGUUAUGAAGACUGGUUAUAAGAGAACAUUGCAACCAGAUGAUUUAUUUUAUCUUGGAGAUGAUUUUGUUGUUAAACCAAAGGCUGAUAAAUUUAUUGAAAUAUUCAAUAGGAGAUUGGCUAAGGCUAAGGAAAAUCAUAUUUUACAAAAAUGUAAAGAACGUAAUGAAUCAAUUGAUUCUUCUAGCGUAUCUAAAGAAGAAGAUAUGGAAGAUUUCAGUCCUCCAAAAGCUAUCACUGCGUUGUCUUUAUUAGAAACUUUUAAAAUCCGUUACUUCAUGGCUUGUUUAUUACUUACUAUUUGUAAUGUUGCUCAAACUUUAAAUCCUUUACUUACGAAAAAGUUAAUUCAAUUUGUUGAAAGAAGAGCUGCCGGUGUCGAAUCUCGUGUUGGACCAGGGGUUGGCUAUGCUAUUGGUGCUUCUUUAUUGGUUUUGGUUAUUGGUAUUUUUGUUAAUCAUUUUUUCUAUAAUUCAAUGAUGUGUGGUGCUUUUUCAAAAGCUGUUUUAACAAAGGCAAUGUUGGAUAAAUCUUUUAAACAAAAUGCUGAAUCAAGAUCAAAAUAUGGUGCCGGUAAAGUCACUUCAAUGAUGGGUACUGAUUUAGCAAGAAUUGACUUUGCUAUUGGAUUUCAACCUUUUAUUAUUACUUUCCCAGUCCCAGUUAUCAUUGCAAUAGCCAUUUUAAUCGUCAAUGUUGGCCCUUCGGCUCUUGUUGGGGUUGGUUUACUUUUAUUUUUUGUGUUUUUCAUGAUGUGGUGUGCUAAACAAUUCUUUAGUUAUAGAGUUAUUGCUAAUAAGUUUACUGAUAAAAGAGUUAGUUAUAUUAAAGAAGUUUUAAACAAUUUGAAAAUUAUUAAGUUUUACUCUUGGGAACCUCCUUAUCAUGAAAAUAUUUCUGAUGUUAGAUAUAAAGAAAUGAAAAAUAUUUUGAAAAUGCAAGUUUUAAGAAAUAUUUUAAUGGCUUUGGCAAUGUCUAUGACAACUUUAAGUUCAAUGGCUACUUUCUUAACUCUUUAUGGUGCUAAAAAUGGUAAAGAUGAUGCUGCUUCCAUUUUCUCUUCAAUCUCUUUAUUCAAUGUUUUAUCGCAACAAGUUCUUAUGUUACCUUUGGCUUUGGCUGCGGGUGUCGAUUGUAUGACUGGUUUAAUUAGAGUUGGUCGUUAUUUGGCCUCUUCUGAAAUUGAUCCAGAGUCAAAUAGAAUUGAUGCUGAUUCUGAAAAAAUUGUGGAAAUGGAUUCUAAUGAUUUAUCAAUUGAAGUUAAUAAUGCUAAUUUUGAAUGGGAAACUUUCGAACUUCAAGAUGAAGAAAAUGAAGUAGAUUUAAUUAAUCUGAAUAAGAAAUACAGAAAACAAUUGGCUAGAGAAGAAAAACUAAAGAAAAAAUUAUCCCAAAAUUCUUCUACUGAAAAUGAUGAAAAAUUAGAAGAGUCAAAUUAUCAUGCAGAUCCUGAAGGUAAAGAAUUAAAGGAUUCUUCCUCUAAUGAUACAUCUUUAGAAGAUUCUAAUUUUGCUGGUUUAAACAAUAUCGAUUUGAAAAUCAAGAAAGGUGAAUUCGUUGUCAUUACUGGGUUAAUUGGUUCAGGUAAAUCUUCUCUUUUACUGGCCUUGUCCGGUUUCAUGAAGAGGACUUCCGGUAGCGUCAAUGUCAAUGGUUCCUUAUUACUUUGUGGUUAUCCAUGGAUUCAAAACGAUACUGUCAAAUCAAAUAUUUUGUUUGGUGAAGAAUUAGAUGAAGCUAAAUACAGUGAAGUGGUUUAUGCAUGCUCUUUAGAAAGUGAUUUGGAAAUUUUACCAGCUGGUGAUGCUACCGAAAUCGGUGAACGUGGUAUUACAUUAUCAGGUGGUCAAAAAGCUCGUAUCAAUCUAGCAAGAGCUGUCUAUAAUAACAAAGAUAUCAUUUUAUUAGAUGAUGUGUUAAGUGCUGUCGAUGCUAGAGUUGGUAAACAUAUAAUGAAUAAUUGUAUUUUAGGAUUAUUAAAGGAUAAAACUAGAAUUUUAGCAACUCAUCAAUUAUCUUUGAUUGGUUCAGCUGAUCGUGUCAUUUUCUUAAACGGUGAUGGAUCAGUUAGUGUCGGUGCUGUUGAAGAAUUAAGAGAAAAUAAUUUCGCUUUCAAUAAUUUGAUGGCUUUCAAUUCGGAAACAAAAGACGAAGAAGAAGAAAAAGAAGAGGAAAAUGAAGAUGAGGAGCAAGAAGCUCAAGAAUUUGAAUCCAUUAAGCGCCAACUUUCGAAAAUCCCAACAAACAAAGAAAAAGAUGAAGAAGCUAUCCACAAAGAUUAUAAUCAAAAUAAUACCGAAGAUGGUAAAUUAAUGGCUUCAGAAGACAGGGCUAUUAAUGGGAUUAAACUUGAUGUUUAUAAAAAGUACAUUCACUAUGGUUCUGGUAAGAUUGGUAGUCUUGUAAUGUGUUUUGCUAUUGUUUUAGCAGUUGUUUUAGCUACCUUUUGUCAACUUUUCACCAACACUUGGUUGUCCUUCUGGACUGAAAAGAAAUUUCCAGGAAAAUCUGAUGGAUUCUAUAUUGGAUUUUAUGUUAUGUUUGCAGUUUUAUCGGGUCUUUUGAUUAUGAUUGAAUUUAUCUUCUUCGUAUUAUUAACCAAUACUGCUUCUAAAAACUUGAAUAUUUUGGCAGUCAAGAAAGUAUUACAUGCUCCAAUGUCUUUCAUGGAUACCACUCCAAUGGGUAGAAUAUUGAAUAGGUUUACAAAAGAUACAGAUGCAUUAGACAAUGAACUUGGUGAUCAAAUCAGAAUGUUGUUCUUCUUUUUUGGUAACAUUGCUGGGGUUUUAAUCUUAUGUGUUAUCUAUUUGCCUUGGUUUGCGAUUGCAAUCCCAUUUUUGGUUGCUUUAUUUAUUGGUGUGGCUAACUAUUAUCAAGCUUCUGCCAGAGAGAUUAAAAGAUUGGAAGCUUUACAGAGAUCACAUGUAUAUAAUAAUUUCAAUGAAACUUUAAAUGGUAUGAAUACAAUUAAAGCUUAUAAAGCUGAUCAUAUAUAUUUAAGAAAAAAUGAAUUCUUUUUGAAUAAAAUGAAUGAGGCUUACUAUCUUACUAUCGGUAAUCAACGUUGGUUGGCUAUUCAUCUUGAUUGCCUUGCUACAAUCUUUGCUUUAAUAAUCGCCUUACUUUGUGUUUUUAGAGUUUUCUCGAUCGGUCCAGCAUCAGUUGGUUUAUUGUUAUCUUACGUCUUACAAAUUGCUGGUCAAUUGUCCAUGUUAAUCAGAACUUACACUCAAGUCGAAAAUGAAAUGAAUGCAGUUGAAAGAAUGUGUAGUUAUGCUUUUGAUCUUCCACAGGAAGCACCUUUCAAAAUUUCUGAGACCACACCUCCUCCUGAAUGGCCAGAACAAGGUUCUAUUAAAUUCGAAGAUGUAAGCUUGGCCUAUAGACCAGGCUUACCAUUAGUCUUGAAAAACUUAUCUUUACAAGUUGAACCAUCUCAAAAAAUUGGUAUUUGUGGUAGAACAGGUGCAGGUAAAUCUUCAAUUAUGACUGCUUUAUAUAGGUUAUCAGAAUUGAGUACUGGUAAGAUUGAAAUUGAUGGUAUCGAUAUUUCAAGCUUGGGUUUAAGUUCCUUAAGAUCUAAAUUAUCUAUUAUUCCACAAGAUCCUGUUUUAUUCCAAGGAACAAUCCGUAAAAACCUUGAUCCUUUCAAUGAGCAUCCUGAUGAUUUGUUAUGGGAUUCAUUAAGAAGAGCUGGUUUGAUAGAAGAAGCAAAACUUAAAUCGGUUAAAAGACAAAAUGAUGAAAGUGAAGAAUAUCACAAGUUCCAUUUAAAUCAAGAAGUUGAAGAUGAUGGUGCUAAUUUUUCAUUAGGUGAAAGGCAAUUAAUUGCAUUUGCUAGAGCUUUAGUGAGAGAUUCAAAGAUAUUGAUUUUAGAUGAAGCAACCUCAUCAGUUGAUUAUGAAACUGACAAUAAGAUUCAAUCUACAAUUGUUAGAGAAUUCAGUAAAUGUACAAUUCUUUGUAUUGCUCAUCGUCUUAAGACUAUUUUAAAUUACGAUAAGAUUUUGGUUUUAGAUAAAGGAGAAAUUAAAGAAUUUGAUACCCCUUGGAAUUUAUUCAAUACUGAAGAUAGUAUCUUUCAACAAAUGUGUGAAAGAUCUAAUAUUACUGUUGAAGAUUUUCAAAAUCUUCAACGUAUGUAA